AGCCGCGGGGUCCUCCCGCUCCUCGGCCAUCCCUGGGCGCGGUGCAGUCUGGGGGAACAUGGCCGCUUCCGGUCUCCCUCCCGGGCCGGCGCGGGCCUGACCGCGGCCCCUGCCCGGCGCACUCCGCCCUCCGCUCCUCCCGCCCCGCAGCCGCGGAGGUCCCUUCAGCCUUUCCCUCCCGCUGCCCCCGCCGCGCCAUGGAGAAGAGCUCGAGCUGCGAGAGUCUUGGCUCCCAGCCGGCCGCAGCACGGCCGCCCAGCGUGGACUCCCUGUCCAGUUAAUGUGUUAAGAGCCAUUGACAUUUGAAGAUCAUCAGAAGUGAAGAUAAAACAUCUCAAAAAUUAUAAUUGCUUCCACGUCUCAUUCAGAGAAUUCAGUGCAUACAAAAUCAGCUUCUGUAGUAUCAUCGGACUCCAUUUCAACUUCUGCAGACAACUUUUCUCCUGAUUUGAGGGUCCUGAGGGAAUCUAACAAAUUAGCAGAAAUGGAAGAACCACCCUUGCUUCCAGGAGAAAAUAUUAAAGACAUGGAUAUGUAUUUUCAAGGUCAUUUUAGUCUACCUCACAGAAAAUAUUAUGGCUUCUUCCCCUGUGAACUCAAUGAAAAUUUGAAAGGCCAAAGAUGUAACUUAUAUAUGUCCAUUCACUGGUGCUGUCCGAGGAACUCUGACUGUCACGAAUUACAGGUUAUAUUUUAAAAGCAUGGAACGGGAUCCCCCAUUUGUUUUAGAUGCCUCUCUUGGUGUGAUAAGUAGAGUAGAAAAAAUUGGUGGUGCUUCUAGUCGAGGUGAAAAUUCUUAUGGACUAGAAACUGUGUGUAAGGAUAUUCGGAAUUUACGGUUUGCUCAUAAACCUGAGGGGCGAACAAGAAGAUCCAUUUUUGAGAAUCUAAUGAAAUAUGCAUUUCCUGUCUCUAAUAACCUGCCUCUUUUUGCUUUUGAAUACAAAGAAGUAUUCCCUGAAAAUGGGUGGAAGCUAUAUGACUCUCUUUUAGAGUAUAGAAGACAGGGAAUUCCAAAUGAAAGCUGGAGAAUAACAAAGAUAAAUGAACGCUAUGAGCUUUGUGAUACAUAUCCUGCCCUCUUGGUUGUGCCGGCAAAUAUUCCUGAUGAAGAAUUAAAGAGAGUGGCAUCCUUCAGAUCAAGGGGCCGUAUCCCGGUUUUAUCAUGGAUUCAUCCUGAAAGUCAAGCCACCAUCACUCGGUGUAGCCAGCCCAUGGUAGGAGUGAGUGGAAAGCGAAGCAAAGAAGAUGAAAAAUACCUUCAAGCUAUCAUGGACUCCAAUGCCCAGUCUCAUAAAAUCUUUAUAUUUGAUGCCCGGCCAAGUGUCAAUGCUGUUGCCAAUAAGGCGAAGGGUGGAGGUUAUGAGAGUGAAGAUGCCUAUCAAAAUGCAGAACUAGUUUUUCUGGAUAUCCACAAUAUUCACGUUAUGAGAGAAUCAUUACGAAAACUGAAGGAGAUUGUGUACCCUAACAUCGAGGAGACUCACUGGUUGUCUAACUUGGAAUCUACUCACUGGCUUGAACAUAUUAAGCUCAUUCUUGCGGGGGCUCUCCGGAUUGCUGACAAAGUAGAGUCCGGGAAGACGUCUGUGAUAGUGCAUUGCAGUGACGGCUGGGACCGCACAGCUCAGCUGACUUCCCUUGCCAUGCUCAUGUUGGAUGGGUACUAUCGGAGCAUCCGAGGGUUUGAAGUCCUUGUGGAAAAAGAAUGGCUAAGCUUUGGUCAUCGAUUUCAGCUUAGACUUGGCCAUGGAGAUAAGAACCACGCAGACGCAGACAGAUCGCCUGUUUUUCUUCAGUUUAUUGACUGUGUCUGGCAAAUGACAAGACAGUUUCCUACAGCAUUUGAAUUCAAUGAAUAUUUUCUCAUUACCAUUUUGGACCAUCUAUAUAGCUGUUUAUUUGGAACAUUCCUCUGUAACAGUGAACAUCAGAGAGGAAAAGAGAAUCUUCCUAAAAGGACUGUGUCACUGUGGUCUUACAUAAAUAGCCAGCUGGAAGACUUCACUAAUCCUCUCUAUGGGAGCUACUCCAAUCACGUCCUUUAUCCAGUAGCUAGCAUGCGCCACCUAGAGCUCUGGGUGGGAUAUUACGUCAGGUGGAAUCCCCGGAUGAAACCACAGGAGCCCAUUCACAACAGAUAUAAAGAACUUCUUGCUAAACGAGCAGAGCUUCAGAAAAAAGUAGAGGAACUCCAGAGAGAGAUUUCCAACCGAUCAACCUCAUCCUCCGAGAGAGCCAGUUCUCCUGCACAGUGUGUCACUCCUGUCCAAACUGUUGUAUGAAGGGACUGUUCAAGGGGGACCGGCAUUGCCAUGAACUCUGGAUUACAGUGGCAGCCUUAGGAGUAUACAGUCUUCUGAAGUUAGAACCCACCCACGGGAGAAGUGCAGUUGCUGUAUUUAUUUUAAAUCCCUCCAGGUUGGGUUUAGAACUGUGGCAGUGCAGGUGGUGUGCGUGAAAUAACCCCGUAUGUAAUUACACGAUUAUGACACUAAUCUUCUAAGUCACCCAAAGAAUAUUAAGAUGCUUCAAUACCAGAUCCACAGUGGGAACAAGCUUCUGAUUUUAAAAUCAAAAUACAGACCACUUCAGAAACAUACCUCUUGCUGGAAGAGAACUCACUGCACAAAGGGAAGGAGCAUCCCAUUUAUCUCGGCACACCAACACUGCAGUUCCGUGGCAUUAUGUAGAUAUAGAGCCUCGAUGGCACGAAAGCUCAGAAAUCAUUAGACACUCCCUUCCCCCGUCGUGGGUUUUUCUCUUCUGUAGUAAAGUACUUUACUUUGAUCACCUUUCUGUACCCACACUCUUUGUAUCUGAUAUGGCAAAGUCUUGAGGCUAUUAUGGCAUAGUAGUAGUUGGAAAUUAUUGCUGUUGUCACUGGCAUAUGUAUUGAAGAUGUAGUAGAUAGCUGUUCCAAACAGAUGCCUUAGAGAUGGGCUUGGGGGUGGGGGGCGGGACUGAGGAGGAAGAAGUGGUAGCCGUCCAGGAUUUCAAAGAAUUCUACACCCUUCAGAUUAGUUUCCGUUUGCCCAGUUACUAGAAACAUAAUGAAGCGUAUUUUACAAAUUCAUUAUUACCUUACUUUAUUGCAUUUAUGCAAUAAUAAUGUUUUGUGCGUGUGUCUAAACACCAGUUAAUUGGUUAAAUUUUGAGGCAAUAUUUUAAAAGUUCACUAGGAUUGACUUUUUUCCUGAAGGCUGUAUAAAUAGCUUAUGGGUGAGAAAUACGAUGCUCAAAUUUUACAUGAAGUAUUUUACUACUUUGCAAAUUCUGUAAUUCCAUUGAAAGAUUGUCUACCAAAGAACUUACUGCAUGUACAAAUGUAUUACAGUCUCAAUGCCAGUAAAGGAAAUACUGCUUCAAUGUUCACCUGCCAGUAACAGUUCAGCACUGGUAUAAACAUUUGACUCCCUGAUAUCUUAAGAGCCAUAUGUUAUGUACUGUAACAAAGGAGCUUCUUGUCCCUUGGAUCUUUAAUUAAAAGAAAAUUUCAACUGACUUUUAAAACGUCGUCCUUAUCCUAAG